AAAAGGAAUUGGACUCCACGCACAGACAAAGCACCUGGAGAAAGACGUCAGUGGGCAGAGUGAGACGAGGAUCAUCGGGGGAGCUUCCUCUAGAGGAAAGCGGGACCCUGGUGAAUAAGGAGUCGACAUCCAAGCUCAUCCUGGUUGCCUACGAGACACCAAGGACACAGAAGGAGUCAAGAUGAAGGUUGCUGCGAAUUUAUCCUUCAUGUUUGGAGAAGCAGGAGGCCUUCUGGCGAGGUACAAAGGGGCAAAAGAGGCCGGAUUCCAGGCCGUAGAGUGCGCCUUUCCAUACACCGUCCCCGCUGAGGAAGUGGCUGCAGCCUUGAAAGAACUCGAGUUGAAGCAAGUUCUUAUAAAUUCAGACCCAGGAAACCUGCAGGCUGGAGAGCUUGGUUUUGCAGCUUUGCCAGGAAAAGAGGCUAACUUCAGGGAAUCGCUUGAACGAUCAAUACAAUAUGCAAAGGCACUUGGCUGUGGCAAGUUGCACAUAAUGUCUGGACGCCGAAGCAAAGACCACGAUGAGGAAACACACUUAGCUACCUUGGAAGCAAAUUUAAAGCAUGCUGUCAGCCGCCUUUCUGCAGAGAACAUUAUUGGCUUAAUUGAACCAUUGAACCCUGUAUCUACUCCUGGCUAUUUCCUCAAUAGUUUUGAGACUGCCCAAUUGUUGAUAGAGAAGAUCAACUCACCCCAUCUGAGGCUGCAGCUAGACAUAUUUCACAUGCAGAUGAUAUGCGGCAAUGUCACCAACAAUAUCAAGAAGUUCAUGCCUAUUGUGGGUCAUGUGCAGGUUGCCCAGGCACCCCAUCGCCACGAGCCCUCUUGCCCGGGAGAACUCGACUACCCUUACAUAUUUUCAGUUUUACGAGAGGCUGGUUAUGAGGAUUAUGUUGGUGCUGAAUAUAGUCCAUCAACAAACUCGGCCAAUUCUCUACAGUGGUUGGAGAAAUGCCAGUUGCAUUUUUAGACUAGAAAUAUUUUUAAAGGAUGGUAUGUGUAUAUAUAAACUCUGAAACAAUAAAAUACGUGCCACUAUUAA